AUGGCCGACGACUUCUUCGCCAAGUGGCUCGCGGCGAAGCACGCGCCCAAGGCGUCGCCCGAGGGCGCGCCGCCGCCGCCGCCCCUGUCCGGCGCCGCGCUCUACGCGGCGCUCGAGGAGGACUACUGGGACGCCGUCGACCGCGGCGCCGAGGCCGUCGAGGUCGAGUACGGCAACGACGUCGACGUCCACGAGUUCUGGUCCGGCUUCCCGAAACCCGACGGCGACCGGGCGGACCUGAGCGUCGCCAAGCUCGAGGGCGUGCCCUACGCGAGCGACGCCUACUACGCGGCGACGGGCUGGAACCUCAACAACAUCGCGUCGUGGCCCGGGUCCGUGCUCCGCCACUUCACCGUGUCCGUGCCCGGCGUGACGUCGCCCUGGCUCUACCUGGGCAUGCUCUUCUCCACGUUCUCCUGGCACAACGAGGACAACUACCUCUCGUCGAUCAACUACCACCACGUCGGCGGGCCCAAGCAGUGGUACGGCGUGCCCGGCGAGAAGGCCUCCGCCUUCGAGAACGUCGUCCGCCGCUUCUACAAGCAGCGCCUCCAGGAGGUGCCGGACCUGCUCCACCACAUGAACACGCACGAUCAUCUCUCGGAACGGUCUCGAAGCGCGGCCCACGGCGUGCCCGUCUACAAGCUCGUCCAGGAGCCGGGCACCUUCGUCGUGACCUUCCCGCAGGCCUUCCACAGCGGCUUCAGCUACGGCUUCAACUGCGGCGAGGCCGUCAACUUCGCCAUGCCCCACUGGAUCGAGCACGCCAAGCUCGCCAACGAGCGCUACCGCCGCAUCGGCCGCCUCGCGGUCUUGGGCCACGACCGGCUCAUCUUCACGCUCGCGCGCUACGUCGACGAGCUCGACGCCGACGCGUGCGUCAUGCUCCGCGACGAGCUCAAGCGCCUCGUGCGCGAGGACGUCGUCUCGCGCGCGCGGCUCUACGCCGACGGCGUCCGCGACAUCUCGUCCGUCGUCGCGCCGCCCAAGAACAACACGGACGUCAUCGACGCCGCGGCCUGCGACUACGACGACAAGCGCAUCUGCGCCGUCUGCCGCCACACGUGCUUCCUCAGCGCCGUCGCCUGCAACUGCAGCCAGACGACGGUCUGCUGCCUCCGCCACGUCAACUACCUCUGCAAGUGCCCGCCGGCGAACAAGUACCUCAUCGAGUGGGAGUCCAAGGACCAGCUCGACGCCAUCGUCGACAAGGUCAACAAGCGCCUCGGCGACCCGGGCGCCGCCGGCCAGGGCCAGGUGUCGCCCGACGCGUCGCCGAAGCCGCCGCCCGCCGCGCCCGAGCCCGCCGCGGUGCCGGCCUAG